AAAAAAUGUUUACAAGGCGGGAAAGGUGUGGAAAUUCUGUUGCUGCCUGUUAACAAAACAACAUUUUCAGUGCGCCAACUAACCCUAAAAUGGAUGACCUUAACGAAGAGGCUGAUAACAGUGAAUUGUGUUGUGACAAAAGAGAUCAAGGUGAUGAGGAGGAUGAUGAUGUGGAUAUAUAUCAAGACCUACAAGAAGAAAUAACGAUAAAAGAAUCUGACGCCAAUUCUAACGUCAUUGAAAGGUUCAACAAGCUCUGCAGUCCCAGAAAGCGAACAUGCGCCAAUUUUUCAGCUGAGGAGGCGUCAGAUGAAGAUAUUGAUUUAUAUGGUGACCUCAACACUUUCGAGAAUCAAUUAGUUGCUGAAGAGCUUCAAGCCAAAGUGGAAUGCUUAGAACAAAAAUGUUCAAACCUGGAUAGUCAAAAUACAGAAUUAAAAAACGAACUGGAUAAGGUCAAUAAACUAAAUUUGGCUCUGAGGCGUAAUAUUUCAUCCAUAUUUAAAACUGCAAAAGCUGAACUUGAAAGGAAAGAUCGGCAACUCAAGGAACUUCAAAGAGCGCAUGAUGUACUCAUAUUCCGUAGAGGUGGAGGGAACAAUCAAGUGUUACCAACCGUCAAUAACAAUCUAUCAACAGAUCCCCCCAUUCCAACAGGAAACAUUACUACUCCAUCUUCAUCAAAAUCAAGCAUGCUCAACCCAGAUUACAUGGCAAACCCUAGUCAAUCUACCUCUACUCCCAGAUGCCUUGUACUGAAGAAAGAUCAGACCAAAGGCAACAUAGUCACAAUUGAAAAUGAGACAGAGUGCACAUUUCAAAUGGGAAAAGUGACAGUUUCUUUUACAAUGGAAAGCGCUGACUUUAAAAAAAGACGUCUCCAACGGCUUGCGAGAGCAUCAUCCGGAAAAGCAUCUUCCAAAGAAGAUCUUAAAAAUGCAAACCAAAACAUCAAUGGUGAACAACCCCCACAACAGGAGGACAGCAACCAGGGCUUACCUAAAUUGCUCGCUGAACGAGCUACGUUGCUUGACGAACUUGCUAGUGCUGAUGAAAAUCUGGAGGAAGGAGAAUUUACAGAAGAAACGAAAGACGAAAAAAAUCCGAAACUAAACAAAGGCCGUGAAACGUAUAGGCGAAAAGACAAUUGCGCUCCACGUCGCAGAUCACGCUCUUCCUCAAGGUCCCGUAGUCCAGUCAAUAACAAAAGGAAGAGGAGCUCAAGCAAUGAAAGACAUUUUUUGCGAAACACAAGACCCAACGAACGAGGUCCACCUAAACGUAUGAUCAAGCCACGCUCUCCUGCCAAGAAUUCGCGAUACCGUAACACAGGGAACUCGCACUUCAGUUCUCGUUCCAACCGACGUUGAUGCCAGAAAGUUAUGCGAGACUUGACAUACUGCUGAAUCCAAUUGUCUCGUUUGCUUUUGUGCUGACUAAUUUGGUAU